CAUUUUGAUUGCAAAGUACGUCACUUCAUGUGGACAAAUGGUGGCAUAAUGCAUUUGUUGCGCUCUCACUGCUCCUCCUUGGGUGUGUUGAGGUUGAAGUGCUCCGGGCAGGUUUUGUAUGGCCAACUCACGAUUCAACAUAUCCAAGGCGGCACACACAUGUAAGUGCAUUGUAUGCUCUCUUCAUUGAAAGACGGUACUUUACAAGCCUCUUCUAGAAGGAACUCGCGUGACAUCUAAGUGAUGAAGUUCGAUGACUUGCUUGUGACAUUGGGGGAGUUUGGACCUUCCCAGAAACGUCUGUACCUACUGCUCAGUCUUCCGGCUAUCCAGACUUCAGCUAUUGGUAUGGGUAUAUUCGUGUUUCUAUUCGCUGUGCCACAGCAUAGGUGCGCCAUUCCCGGAUUGAACAAUGAUACCUUCAACAUUCAGAACCAGGCUCAUGCCGCUCUUAUCAACGUGACCAUACCCCACGCAAAGGGUAGCAAUGGGGAUUUGGAGUACUCGUCCUGCUUAGUUUUCCAAGCCUCUACGAGUGCCUCAUCAGGUUAUAUGCAUAACAACACCGAGACAUGCCAUAAGUGGAUAUAUGACCGAACGGUCUACCAAUCAACUGCUGCUCAAUCUAUGGACCUUGUGUGCGACCGAAAGUUGUAUGUAAGUCACGCCAAGAUGGCCGCGUUUGUUGGACAACUGGUUGGGGUACUCAUCAGCGGACCACUCUCGGAUAUGUUUGGUCGGCGGAAGGUGAUCCUCGUCGCCAUGUUUAUUGGUAUCCUCCACAGCAUUUGUCUCCCCUGGGUCACCAAUUUCUACCUGUUCCUGACAAUAGUACUCGUCAUCACAGCCAGCUUCAACACACAGUACCUGACUACUUUUGUAUUUAGCAUGGAGAUUGUAGGCCCGUCCAAACGGAUGUUGGUGGGUGUGGCCAAGAAUCUGUUCUGGAGUGCGGGAAACGCGAUUGUUGCUCUGGCCGUCUACUUGAUCCGAGAUUGGAAGAUCCGACAGCUUGUCGUCAGCAUCCCAGGCGUCAUGUUCGUCUACCUAUAUUUUCUCCCGGAAUCCCCACGAUGGCAGUACAGUAGAGGGAGAGUUGAGGAAGCUAACAAAAUGGUGAUGAAGAUGGCAAAGGCGAACAAGGUCAAACUGUUAGAGGAUUUCACUUACGCAAACAAUGAUAGAGAUCAACAAUUCUGGGAGUUACUGAAAUCCCCCAUUAUGGUGAAGCGAAUACUCAUCAUACUUUAUGCUUGGUUUGCCAUAGGAAUGGGAUUUUAUGGCCUCAGCAUGAACGUCACCAACCUCUCUGGCAACGUCUACCUCAACUUCUUCCUGUUUGUCCUGUUAGAGGCAUGCGCCUACGUCAUCUGUCUUCUGCUUAUGGGGCGCAUUGGGCGGAAGACGAUGCUGUGUGCUUCCAUGCUAACGGCAGGAGCAACGUGUAUUCUCACAUUUGUCCCUAUCUUGGCCAUGGAUAAACCUAACAAAUGGAUCAUCAACAGCUUGGCGUGUCUAGGCAACACUUGUGUGUCAGCCGGCUUCGCCUCCGUGUACGUCUUCACGGCAGAGUUGCUGCCAACCACAUCGAGAAACUUUGGCAUGGCCAUGAGUUCUGUGUUUUGUAGAAUUGGUAGUUUAUCAUCACCGUACAUAAAUGAUCUGACUAUGCACAUCAGUGGCAGAUACAGUCAGAUACUAACCAUGUUGGUAUUUGGAGGAGUGACGGCACUAUCAGGACUUCUGGCUCUUCUUCUUCCCGAAACGAAAAGUACGACACUACCGGAAACAAUUAAGGAAGCAGAAGAACUCGGAACGGCUGCCCAUGACGAUGGUACAACACGUGGACAAGACACGAUUCUCCUGGACAGUAAAGAUGACUGCUAAUCCCCUUGAGCUGGGUUGAUGCCAACAUAGCGUGAAAACGUUAUGGAUCUAUACGUUCUUAAAGUCAUCUAUAUAGAUGUAUAAUUAGUACUAUGAUGCUUAGAAUAAUACAUGCGUUAGUCUACAGUUGCAGAUGUUUCAGUAAAAUAAUGCGCAUGGAUGUAUUAGUCAUUUAGUUUUAACAUGUAUUAAAAGUAUUACAAUAUCGAUUUCUUUAAAUUUUAGUACAUUUAGAGCAGGUGACCAUUAUCAAUCCGUUUCUGUUUGUUCCUGUGUGCCAUAUGUUCGCAUUAAAUCUGACCUUGAGUGCAGCGUUUCUCUCAUAGAAUAUAUAUUAUCAUAAUGUUCAUUUCAGCAUUAUUAAAAUGCAUUGAGAUAAUAAUGUAAAAAAAUACAUCUGGUCGGAAUGAAAAAGUGCUCUUCAGUAUUAUAUCAAACAAGUGUGUGUUCUAGUGUGUGCUAGUUUUCCAAAUGUCGAGAUGUCUCUGGCUAGAUGUCCCGUCUAACAGACCGCCUCAGUGAUCUAGUGGCUAGAGCGUCUGCACGAAGAGCGGUGGGUGUUUAGAGUAAGUAGUUCAUUAAGUGGCAUCUAUUGGCCAGAUUAAUAUGGAUGAGAAUGAGCUGGGUUCAACACCUCUUUGAACAGUAUUUCAGUUACAUUAAGGCAUGUCAGUUUGGUGUUGAAAUGAGGCUGAAGUGAUGAGUGUGAAAGACUUAACAACUUCUGUAAAGGCAUGAGCAUAGGCCUGAUGGUGCAGAAAAAUCGAGAACCUACCGCAUAUGAUAAUGAUGCCUGCAUCUGUACUAUACAGACACAUGUGUCAAAGAUAUAACUUACAACAGAGACUUAUACAAGAUACUCCGUGGCACGUAUGCCACUCUCUUUUCUGAUUAACCAGAUUCGUUUCACGAAAAGAUAUGUCUAAAAGAUGACCAACCAUUUAAAGUUUUGGGGAUCUGUGAUUUUUUGGGGGUGAAAUAUCGGUCAGGCAAUUGUCACGACAUUCAUAUUUCUUCUUUGUAACCUCUGGGUCAGUUGAGGGCUCUAAUUUAUUCACAUCAUGUGUGUCCUUUCUUUGUCGCUGAGGGUUGUGUGUGUAGAUCACAUUCACGACAAAGUCGUGAUAAUGGAAUUUCACCUUGUACAUGCAGAUGGUUUAUUCCCUAAUCUAAAUGCCAUGUUUAACAUUAGAAACAAACCCAGGCACCUUUGGGAACGUCGUUUAUGUACAAUGUCUAUACAUGGCGAGAUGCAAUGAGGCGGUGACUUGGAUUUAACGCCUCUUUGAACAGUAUUCAAGUUAUAUCAUGGCGUGUCAGCUUGAUGUGGAAGGAAAGCCCAAAGAGAUGUGGGGGUCUUGGGCGUUUACCACUUUGGUGAAACCCACGACCACGAGUAAGGUGCAGACAAACCUAGAAAAAAUAGUCUGGGUGAACCGGGAUUCGAACCCACGUCAUAGUAUUCUGGCGUGCGCAAAAGACGCAACUCUGCAUAGCGAAUUGCGGUGUGAUAUUCCAGAAACUAACGAUAAUAAUAAUUAUUCUUAUCAUAACCUGGGAUAGAUGAACUGAUGUGUUGUGUGUUUGUUUCAUGGUAUAAAUAUAGGCACGUUGUGUGAUAUUCCGGAAACUUACGAUAAGACCUGUUAAAGUGCUGAGCAAAUGUGCCAUUAUUUGUAUGAUAUUGCUCUGUGCCUUCAAACGGGUGAUUAAUAUCUUCAGUUACACUUUGAAUGUGAGGACCAUUUGUAAAACUCAACUGUUUAACUCUACCAUUGAAAACUCUCAUCGUUACAGUAAUGUACAGGAUGUAUGUUUUAUAAAUUCUAAAAGUUAUAGAUGUAUUCGUCAUUUAGUGCUUACGUUUUUAGAUAUGUUAGUCGCUUUGCACUAAAGUUGUAGAUGCAUUUUUCUUUAGUGCUAACAGUUACAGGUGCCUUCUUCUUUAGUGCUCAGAUUUAAACAUUCUUCUUUAGUGCUAAUGAAUGGCUUAAUGAAGAAUAUAUGAGUCGUUGGAUUUAUAUAAGGAAAUAAUUUAGAUUUAGUUCUUCUGAACGGAAAUAUUUGAAUGCAAAACCUUAUACCCAGUCCCUUUCAUGCGAAUAAAGUAUGUUUAAAAUAA